GACAGACGGAUAAGAAAGAAAAGCAACGAAAUUGAAGAUUUGGUGAUACGUGUCCAAGGUAUUUCAUUGACGUGUCUUAAGACUGAAGGAAACAGAGAAAUUUAUCAUUUGGUGUUCUUUUUUUCUUUGCGUUUCCAUUGUGGCCUGGAGACCAAAUUUCAACCGGAAACAGAGUUCUCGCUAAAGGGAAACGAAAGAGGGGAAGAAAAAAUGAGCUACCAACAUAUUGCUCAUGAAUCUUACCAGCAGCAAUCAGGCAAGCUUAACCCAACAAUUUCCCCCUUUUCCCCCUUUGGGUUAAUUGUGAUGUUUGAUUGAUUGGAUUUGAGAUUUUUUGUGAUCCCUGUCGCCAGGGCCGCCGCCGCCGUAUCCGCAAAAUGACCCCUUUCCCCGCACGCCGCCGCCGUCCGGGUAUCCACAGAAUUACCCCUCUCCCGGCCCGCCGCCGCCGCCCCGACGCGGGUAUCAAAGCUACUUCGACGACAGCCGGCCGUCUAUAGCGCCGCCGUUCCCUCACGCUGCCCCGGCGUGGCAUGAAGACCACUACCGUCGUUACGACGACUUGGGUUGCUUCUCCUGUAUCAAUACAUGCUUGACUAUGCUCUGUUGCUGCUGCUUGUUGGAGCAGUGCUGCCGUUGAUCCAUCGGAGAUGUGCGUGCUAGGAAUUGCAGCAGCUUUAUGGUCGCUCGCUCGCUUCUUUAUUAGUUCUAUGGUUCGGAGGACUUUGUGGCGUUUGGUGUUUG